AUGACCAUCAAAACUCUCACAGUUGAAUAUGACCCUUCAAGAGAGACGAGCGGGUUUUCCAGAGGAGAGACUAUCACAGGAAGAGUGGUUCUGGAGUUGGACAAAGACACUACAAUCAAGUGUUUUUCAGUGACAGCCAAAGGGGAGGCAUUUGGGUAUUGGAUUGAAAGCUCUGUUCUAUCCUAUUCUUUCAGAACAUACACAGCGAAGGAACAUCUUUUUUUAACAACCAAAAUUCUCUUGGAGCCAUCAAGACCUGGGUCGAAGGUUCUUUCUGCAGGGAGGCAUGUUUUCCCCUUUGCUCUUGAGAUCCCUGACAUUGACUUGCCUCAACGGUGGGAGGGUUUCCAUGGAUCCAUCGAUUAUACACUGGAAGCCAGAGUGAGCAGAUUUAUGAGGCUGGACUGCAAAGAAAGAAUAUUCUUCACAAUAGCAUCUAAUGACAACUAUUCCAACCCUGAUAUAAUGAAACCUCAACAAGUGCAAGGUGAGAGUAAAACAAAAUCUUCAUCUAGGAAAUUUGAAUUGGGAGUUACUACUGAAAAGACAGGUUAUCUGCCAGGUGAAGACCUAGAAAUCACAACUCGAAUAACCAACAAGUCAAAAGACACAAAGGUGACUCCCAGAUAUGUCUUCUACGGGGAGCAGUCUGUCUUUUCCAAAGACAAGAAGAAAAUUGUCACUAAAAGCAUUGUUGAGGAGAAGGGCAAUCCUGUGCAGCCUGGACAACAAGUGACUCAAACUAAAGUACUACAAAUACCUGAGGAAGUCAAGUCAACUAUCCUCAGCUGCAACAUCAUCAAGCAAGAGUACAGACUCAAAGUCUACCUUGACGGGCUGCAGCAUUCCCCAGAGGCCAAUUUGCCAAUCAUUGUUUUGUGAGAGUCUGGGAGACAAAGAGAGGGAAACUAAAACGACAAGACUGAGUACAAUAUGUUUUAAUAUGUUUGUACUGUUGUGCUGCUCAUAUAUAACUGUAAUGUACAAAAAUGCAUAUGACCAAUUCAUUUGUGUGGCUUUCGCUAUGGAGGUGAAAAUGUGUAUUAGAUGACUACUAAUUUGAUUUAACUAACCAGGAUUUCUCUAGAACAGCAGCAAAAAGUGAGUGAGUGAGCUGAAGAUUUUAUAUUUUCUUGUAUUUCUCAUUAAAUGGUCAGAUUAAACUCAUGAUUCCCACGUUGAAUCUGCAUAAAUAGUAGUUUUUGCACAAGCUCCCUCUGCGGGUGUAGUCUUGUGAGUGCAGAUAUACA